AUGUCUAGGGUGGAAGGUUACGGAGAGUCUGACCUGCGCUCACAGCUACGAGCAUAUAGGACUGAGAUCGCUAUGGCAAUCCAUGACCCUUUCCCACUGCUGUAUGGGCUGGCGGAUCACGACAUAAUCUCUGAACAGAUCCUAAGGGAGACUUUAGAGCGAAAGAAAAAAGAUGGGAUCCACAAAGCUGUCUACUCACUGCUCACUUUAAUACUGGACCAGGAUGCCACAGUCCUCCAGGGAUUCUGGAGCAAUCUCUGUAAAGAGUACAAUAAGCAGUGUUACCCAAAACUGGAAACCCUUGUUAUGAACCUUCCCAAAGGGUUAAAGCAAGUGGCCAGACAUGCAGGGAACCCCAGGUUUGAGCUGCAGUCAGGCAAGAAGAGAGGGUUGGCCGAAAAACAAAUGACCCACCGGCCACAUCACCACACCAAGAAAGCCUUAACCUCCAGCUCAGGAAGCAAAGGCAAGCAGAUGAGAAAGACAGAUGGUGCAGCACUUUCUCAGGUCUCAGUGGGAAACGGCUGUGAUGGAUGUCCUCGCGCCUUCCAUCUCACCUGCCUAGUGCCGCCCCUUACCUCCAUACCCAGUGGUACCUGGCGCUGUCAGCUAUGCCAAAGCAACAGAGCGAAAGACAGAACAUACACCCCUUUGCAGCCUGCAGUUCACCCUCCAGUGACAGAGACAAGCUCCAGCUCUGCUGUGGACUUCUCUUUCUUCUCGUCUUUGUCCUCCACUUCACUCUCCACAGUCUCAAGUGUUCAGCCCAUGGCCCUCCAG